CCUGACAAACAGACGAUUACCUAUGAUGCCGGACGAACAUCUGUAUCGCCCAGCGGUUUCAACCGCGUCUAAACACUCGACGCAAUCCACCAUUGCACCUUCGACUACAUCCACAUUAUCCCUCGCAUCCGAACUCGCCCUCGCCAAAGAACGCUUCAACCGAGAACGUCAAACCAAAUCCUCCCGCCCAUCUCGUCCCGAGAAGAAACGUACAAUAUGGGAAUCCUCGAACAAAGGCGUCGCAGAGCGGAAUGCGAGGGACGAGAGGGUAUAUAAAGAGAACUCGGACGAAAUGGAUCGGAGUCGGAGAGCGCUGGAGCGGAAGGCUAAGGAGUAUGAGAGGUUGAGAAAGGGGGAGGAUAGGAGGGAGGAUGAUGCUGUUGUUGACUUUGAUCGGAAGUGGGCGGAGGAGGAGGAUAAAAUCGGAUAUCACGACGAAAAAGAAGCAGAGGAGGAGUACGAGGAGCCCAAGAUCGAGAUAACCGACGAAUUCGGCCGAACCCGCCUCGUCUCUCGGUCCGACGCCGUCGCGUACGGCCACCUCGCCCCCAUAAACGACACCUAUAAACCCUCCGCGCCCCUAAUCCACGGCGACGUCAUCCAAACCAACGCCUUCACCCUCAACACCGACGCCGUCGCCAAAAUCUGGUCAACCCCCGACGAUCCGCUGUACGAGCACUACAAUUCAAAAGUUGAGAUACGGAAUAAGGGGGUGGGGCAUUUUACGUUUAGUGUGGAUGAGGCGGAAAGGGUGAGGGAGAUGGAGGAGUUAAAGGGGAUGAGGGAGGAGACGGAGAGGGCGAGAGUGAAGGUAAAGGGGAUGAGGGAAGUGAGGAGGGAGGAACUGGACGAGAGGAGGAGGAAGAUUGAGGAGGUUAGGAAGAGGAGCAGGGCUGGCCGUGGUCAUGUUGCUGGACAAUAAUGAUCUCGAGGCUAAUGUGACGAAGAGUGGCAGAGGACAAGAGCACAGUGACAAUCGGUUUAGGGAGUUCGGGGCGUUAUCUUUCGAAUCGAUGUUAUUGACGGGUAUAUAUCCCCAGAAUUAGGAUAUUUAUAAAAGCCUCAAC